AUGCUCGAGCGCCUCGACAGCGGGCCACUGCUCACGGUUGCCUCGUUCGUGCCGGAGCCAGCGCAGGUGGCUGCGCUUUUGCACGCAUGUCCGACACUGAGCCUGGGUCUCGUGUGCCUGCGCGAGCUCGUGACGCUUCUACCGCCCCACGACGUCUGGCCUGACUUGUGCUUGCGCAAGUCGGAGCUGCCAACGUCGGUACUCGCACCUCUCGUGCGCGGCAGCAUCGGGCUCUACCGCAGCGUCAAAGUCUACGACCUCGGACUGACGGCGAUGGUCGCGGCCGCCGCGCUGCCGAGCACGCGGAUACUCGUGUACGAUACCGAAGCACCGAGCAACUACCAUCUCGUGGCGCUGCAGACGUUUGCGACGCACCUUACGUCGAGCUACUUGAACCUCCAGAGCUUUUCACCCACCAAAGUCGUCGCGGCCGCGGCCGCGCUCCGCCAGUGCCACCACCUCACGCACUUGAAGCUCGCGUGGACAUCACCAGCGAACGCUGUGCCCGUGCUAGAAGCACUUCCCAAGCUCACGCACUUUACACUCGGGUACACGCAUUUGCUGCACCAGCCCAUGCGACUGACAGCUGCGGACGAAGUGCAGCUGGCGACGUGGGUCACGACGCGAAGCGCUCGAGAGCUCGAGAUCGCUGGUGUGGCACCGCUGUCUGGCGUCUUUCCCAAGGCAUUGCAGCACGCACAGAGCCUCGAGGCUCUUCUCAUCACGAGCGCGCCCGAAAUGUGCGCGAUCCUCUUAAACGGCGCACCUAUGCCGCGAGGACUUCGUCGGCUCGAGCUCCACUGCACAGGGCUCAAGGCUGCCGACAUGCCCAAUCUCAGCCUCGCUCUGGACGGCGCGCCGCAGCUCGAGACCCUUCGCCUCUCCAACAACUACCUUGGCGUCAUGGGGAUGCGACUGCUCGCGCCGCGCCUCGAACGCCUCGGUAGUCUCACGCACCUUAUGCUCGCCUCGACGUUUCUGAUGGACGAAGGCUGCCACUGGGUCGCCGCCAGUCUGCGCCACAUGCCGCGUCUGCGUGGCCUCCCAUCGACGCUCACGCACUUGAUGCUCAAGCUCAACCGACUCGGCGACGACGGCCUCGACGCGCUCGUGCGUGCAGGCAUCCACACGCUCACGCAGCUCGACGUUUCCAACACGCUCGUGACGACGGCGGGUGCGCAGAAGAUCGUGUGCGCGCUGCCUGGUUCGCGCCUCCGCGUCAACCUUAGCCGCGUCGACAUGACGAUUGCCGACGUGGCUCUGUGCCAGCGUCAGGCGGGUGCGAUCGGCGUGGCGGGCCGCGUGACGCUAGCACCCAAAGACGUCCGAUAA